GUAAAAGGUGACAUCCUGGCCAGAUGACAAUACAUGGAGUAAAUACACAAAGCCAUUCAGCAAUUCCUUCUGGCUGUAGGAAGAUGGCUCUCCAGAUGCAAUUAGGGUCACUGUAAUGUCUUUGUACAUCCUGCAGUUGGUGUUUCAGGAAGGAACAGGUCAAGUUAGACUGUCUCCAAAGUAACCUGAGGUAAUUUGGAUGAAAGAAAGAGCUACAGUGUUUGCCAUAAUGCAGCAGGAGCCUUGUUUUAACAUCUGGAGUCCAAAACUGAGGUCAUAGAUAUGUCAAAAUAAGCAGCAAUACGAUAGCCUUAGCUAUGGCAGAGAAUGAAGGGAUAUCUUCUGUUUAUAAAAGAUACGCACAGAGGGCAGCCUUGUGGAUGGCCCCGGAGCAGGCCAGAUGGAACAGGAUAGAACCAACAAUGUUGAUGGCAAUAGAUUGAGUCCAUAUCUAAUACCACAUCCUUCUCAAGUUUGCCAAGUGGAGCCUUUGUCAGUGAAGUUGCAGAAUGGAAGUCCAUUAGCAGAAAAGCCACAUAUUGAAGUAAAUGGGGACCAUAAGUGGCUACAUUUUAAGAGCAGCUGUGGAAUACCACACGCGAAGGGAAAUCCAAAUAAUCGAGUCAGCCCUGACCUUCUACAGGAAAAGAGAAUAUAUCCCAAGUAUAUGCAAAAUGGUGGGAUAAAACGCACUUUUAGUGAGCCUUCUCUUUAUGGACUUCAUCAGAACAAGAAAAUUAAACAAGAUAAAGAGGUAAACGGGGAAAAAGAUGAGCCAGGAGAAAACAAUGAAAAACCAAGCAUCUCUGAAUCCUGCAGUGAGAAGGAAUCUUUGAGUUUUACAGAAAAAGAAAAUGCAGCUUCAGAUUUUAUACAGUCUUCAAGAUACAACUAUGGUGGUUCAGAAAAUCCUCAUGAUCUUCAGCAGAAUGAAAAGGAGAGGGAAAACGUUAAUUGCCACAACAGGGACAUUGUCUUACUACUUAAGAACAAGGCAGUGCCAAUGCCUAAUGGUGCUACAGUUUCUGCCUCUUCCAUGGAAAGCAUGCAUGAUGAACUCCUGGAGAAAACACUGUUACAAUAUUAUCCAGAUCAUGUUUCCAUUGCAAUGCAGAAAAAUACAUCUCAAAUAAAUGCCAUUACCAGUCAGGCUACUAAUGAGUUGUCCUAUGAGACAACACAUUCAUCCCAUACCUCAGGGCAGAUCACCUCCCCACAGACCUCAAAUUCUGAGCUGCCUCAAGUGCCAGCUGUAGUGGUUGCUGAGGUCUACAAUACAGAAGACUCCAGUAAACCACGUGUAUUGCCAGGUAGCUAUUCACUUCAGAAACCAGAACUACAGCUACAGCAACAAAAUCCAGUCUGUGAUACACCCCAGGUUCCUGUAUGGAACAGGACUGUUCAUGGAAAUAUGGGGCAGGUACCCAGCCAGGAUCUCUCUCCAAGUUCCAGCAGUAAUCUGCAAGCUCAGGACAACACCCUGGAGGGGUUCCCAGAGCAAGCAGAAAAAAAUGGUGCUUUGUUUAAACAAAACUCAAUGUUUAAUAACGAUUCUUUCACUCCUCCUCCUGCUCCUAUUCCUCCCCUUCCUCUUCCUGUUCCUCCUCCUCCUGAUCCAGAAAUGAAGAGAGCACUACCCACUGGGGUUACAGAAGGGUAUAAUCCCUAUGAUAAUAGAAAGGCUGAAGCUCUUCCUAGGGAAGAGAAGUGCGAAGGGCAGCAGGAAGGACUGAUGUCAGAAAGUCCUGGCCUUGCCCAGCAACAACCCAACCCUCAACAGAGGCUUCCCCAAAAGCCUCAGGUGACACAGCAGGAUGGUAGUGAAAGCGAUCUGGCAACUGCUAUGAUGGCAUCAUUCCAGCAGUGCCCAGAAGACAUGAAGCCAACAACUGAAUCUUGUGUCCAAGAUUUGCAAGUGCGUGGAAGUGAUGGAGAGUUGCAGCAACACUAUCAGCAUUUCCUGGGACAAAGAGAACCUGAGACCUCUUCUCAGAAAGAAAAGGGCGAGGUGAAAGAUCCUGUGCAGCAGACAAAACAUUAUCCCAAACCAGGUUGGAUAGAAUUGAUUUCCACCCAUUUUCGCCAUGGAGAGUCUCUACAGAAGCCCAGUGAGGCACUAUUGAGGUCAGUUCUUCAGUUACGGUCAAAUCCACCUGAAUCAGCACGCUCAAAGCAGUAUACUGGGAGUCCUGAUGCAUUAAAAGUGCCUUCAGGACAGUCCCACAGCCAGAAAAUAAUCCAGCCUGAACAAAUGCCUCUUCCAUACAAAAGCAAGACAGCACAACUGCAACUUCUCCCUAUGGCUGACCAGUGGCUUCAGUUCCAAAAGUGCUCACCCCAACCACAGCUCACAAAGAUGGAUCCUCUGCCAAAAUCCCACAUGCAGCACCAUCAGUCACAACAGUUUCAUUUUCAGCCAAGACCAGAAGAAACUGAGCUGCCUUUGGGGUCUCACUUAAAACAGCAGCACUUGAAUCCCCAAACAUUGGAGAACGAGCAGUUCUUACAUUCACAUAUUUUAAAGCAGAUGCUGCAAAAACAGACGCAGCACACACAACUGUCACGGAGUCCACAGCUCACUCCAAACCAGCAGCAGCAACAAGCCUUGCAAAUGAAGAAUAAAGAACUGUCUCAAACUAUUUCCCAUUCCCAAAGCAACAGUGAACAGCAAAUUGUUGGAACAUCCUUUAGCCAGAUUAAACUGGAAGAAUGUUUUCAUGCUGAGAAUAAAUAUAUAAAAUCAACUGAGUUCCCACAUACUAACUCCCAGCUGGGAUUAGAGCAGGUACAAAAGGUGAACAGUAAAUCUUCCCUUUGUGAUCAGAUUUUAAAAACAAAUGUUAAUCCCCAGCAUCCUUGCCCAAACAGUGUGCACUUGACCUCAAAGAAGGAAGACGCCAUAAAUGUUGAACACUUUGGUAUAAGCAAAAUGCAGGACUUGCAACAUAUGCAGUAUUUUCCAAAUAGUCUCACCCCAAAACAAGAUGUGAAUCAUUGCUUUCAAGAACAAGAGCAACAGACUCAGCAGGCUUCAGUUAGACAACUACCACUCCAACACAUACCAGGAUAUGGUGCUGGCCUGAAUCAAGGUAUGUCUAGCCAGCAAGCUACACAGAUUCAGCAAAGGUACUUACCACACAGUCAGCAAACUCCCUCACACUCACAAGAGCAGAGAGGUUGUCACCUUCAGCCUCAACCCCAUAAAGAUUUUCAAAAGCACGCUGCUCUUCGGUGGCUUCUCUUACAAAAGCAAGAACAGCAAGGACAACAGCCACCCAAAACUGAAUUAGGUCCCAGUGUGGUACGCAAGCCUAUAAAAGUUGAGGCUGGCUCAAAGUCUAACAUGGGCAUGCGUCCAUUAACUGGACAGCUGGAAAACAAAACAUGGAAGAAAACAAUUAAACAAGAGAAUCAGCACUUUGGUUGUGUGAAUGUGCAACAAAAGAGUAUCAUUGAGACAAUGGAGCAGCAGGUAAAACAGUUUCAGGUCAAAUCACUGUUCGAUCACAAAGCUCUUACUAUCAAAUCACCUAAGCACGUGAAGAUUGAAGCAGCAGGCCCUAUCACUAUCCUAUCAAGAACUACUAGUGCUGCAGAAUUUGACAGUCAGACUCUAACCUUUGAUCAUCAAGCAAAUCCUUCUGCUGAAAGAACCCCAACCAAAAGAACAGCUGGUACUGUUCUCAACAAUUUUUUAGACUCACCUUCCAAGUUAUUGGAUACUCCUGUAAAAAAUUUAUUGGACACACCUGCCAAAACCCAAUAUGAUUUCCCAUCAUGCAGUUGUGUUGAACAAAUUAUUGAAAAAGAUGAAGGUCCUUUCUAUACUCAUCUAGGAGCCGGUCCUAAUGUGGCAGCUAUUAGAGAGAUCAUGGAAGAAAGAUUUGGACAGAAAGGUAAAGCUAUAAGGAUUGAGAGGGUCAUCUAUACUGGGAAAGAAGGCAAAAGUUCUCAGGGAUGUCCUAUUGCUAAAUGGGUAGUUCGUAGAAGUAGUGAUGAAGAAAAGCUGCUUUGUUUGGUGCGGGAACGAGCUGGCCAUACCUGUGAAACAGCAGUGAUAGUGAUCCUCAUCCUGGUAUGGGAGGGGAUUCCUGUGAGCCUAGCAGAUAAGUUGUAUUCCGAACUCACCGACACUCUGCGGAAGUAUGGCACGCUUACAAAUCGACGGUGUGCCCUCAACGAAGAACGGACUUGUGCAUGUCAAGGGCUGGACCCUGAAUCUUGUGGUGCUUCUUUUUCCUUUGGUUGCUCCUGGAGUAUGUACUACAAUGGAUGUAAAUUUGCCAGAAGCAAGAUCCCAAGAAAGUUUAAACUUAUAGGGGAUGAUCCAAAAGAGGAAGAAAAACUGGAGUCCAAUUUGCAAAACCUAUCAACACUGAUGGCACCUACCUAUAAGAAACUUGCACCUGAUGCAUAUAACAACCAGAUUGAGUAUGAACACAGAGCACCAGAGUGCCGUCUGGGUUUAAAAGAAGGUCGUCCAUUCUCAGGGGUCACUGCCUGCCUGGAUUUUUGUGCUCAUGCUCACAGAGACUUGCACAAUAUGCAGAAUGGAAGUACACUGGUAUGUACACUAACUAGAGAAGACAAUCGUGUAAUUGGCCAAACUCCAGAAGAUGAGCAGCUACAUGUACUCCCAUUAUACAAAGUCUCUGAUAUAGAUGAGUUUGGAAGCACUGAGGGCCAGGAGGAAAAAAAGAGGAAUGGCAGCAUCCAAGUCCUCAACUCCUUUCGGAGGAAAGUGAGGAUGCUGGCAGAGCCUGUUAAGACAUGCCGGCAAAAGAAGCUAGAAGCCAAGAAAGCAGCAGCAGAAAAGCUUUCCUCCUUGGAAAAUGGCUCUAACAAAACUGAAAGAGACAAGUCUUCUGCUGCACGCCACAAACAAGCCAAUUUGGAGGCUGCCAGUCAAGCAAAACAGCUAGCAGAUCUUUUACGUCUUUCAGGACCAGCCAUGCAACAGCAGCAGCAGCAUCUACAGCAUACUCUCUCUAACAACCCCCAGUCAAAUCCUAUUAACUCCUACUCGGGUUCAGGUCCGGCAAAUCUUUAUAUGAGGCUGCCUAACCCAGCUAAUGCUUAUCCAAGUUCAACAUAUACAUCAGAUCCCUACGGAGGGUCCAACCCCAUGAACGUUUAUACAACCUCAUCACAGCCUGCAGGGUCUUAUUUGAAUUCUUCCAACCCCAUGAACCCUUAUUCAGGAUCACUAAAUCAAAAUAACCAAUAUCCAUCUUACCAAUGCAAUGGAAACAUGCCUGUGGACAACUGCCCCUCUUACUUGGGUUCCUAUCAACCACAACCUCAGCACAUGGACUUGUAUAGGUAUCAGAGCCAAGACCCUCUAUCUAAACUAAGUCUACCACCUAUUCAUACACUAUACCAGCAUAGGUUUGGGAAUAACCAGAAUUUUGGUCCCAAAUACUUGAAUUAUGGAAACCAAAAUAUGCAGGUAGACUCUUUCAAUAAUUGUGCCAUUAGACCAAAUGUGCAUCAUGUAGGGUCUUUCUCCCCUUAUCCCACCCAUGAGGCUGAUAGCCAUUUUAUGGAUGUUGCCUCAAAAUUAAAAUCUAAUCUCAGUAAUCCAAGCAUGGAUUAUGCUUCCAUGAAUAAAAAUGGUGAACAUCAAUUACAGCCACCUUCACAUUUAGCACAUGACUACCAUUCUGCUUCACAUAUGUUUAAUGGUCCUCCUAAUUCACUGCAUCUCCAAAAUAAGGAUAGUGAAAUGACUUCACACACAGCUAAUGGCAUGUCUAACAUGCUUCCAGGACAAAAUCAUGAUAGGACUACUCCCCAAGGUGGUUUAGAUAAAACUGAUGUGAUGAUUCCAGAAAAAGCAGAGGACCCUGAUGACAUCUGGUCAGAUAAUGAGCAGAGUUUUCUGGACCCGGAUAUUGGAGGAGUGGCAGUUGCUCCAUCUCAUGGUUCAAUUCUCAUUGAAUGCGCAAAACGUGAGCUUCAUGCAACAACCCCCUUGAAAAAUCCCAACAGGAACCAUCCUACUAGGAUAUCACUUGUCUUCUACCAGCAUAAGAGCAUGAAUGAGCCAAAACAUGGUCUGGCUCUGUGGGAGGCAAAGAUGGCCGAGAAGGCAAGAGAAAAAGAAGAGGAGUGUGAGAAAUAUGGUCCAGACUACGUGCCUCAGAAAUCUUAUGGCAAAAAAGCAAAGCGGGAGCCUACUGAAUCACAUGAACCCUCCGAACCAACAUACGUGCGUUUUAUCCAGUCUCUCGCACAAAGGACUAUGUCAGUCACCACAAACUCCACAGUAACUACAUCUCCAUAUGCCUUUACACGGGUUACAGGGCCUUACAACAGAUAUAUAUAACUUCACACCUAUGUUGGUUACCUCAUUUUAAAAAACAGCUUGUCAGUAGGGUAGUUCUUGUUUAGGUUGGGGGGUGGGGGGGAAGAGGGAAAGAAGCAGUAUUUUUGUUAAAGUUGUCAGUGGAAGAACCUCAGCACACCAGCAAAAAGAGGUAAUCUUACCACCGCACUUAUUUUCCACUGACUUUUAAGUGGUCGCAGAUGGCAAGAGGGAAAUAAGACCAAAGCAUCCUAUGCAAAAAAAAAAAAAGUGUUUCACAAUUUACAUUCGAAAACACUGGCUUCAUUAUUGGAAGGGAUAAUCAGCUAACCUAAUUUUUCCUUACAUUUUUGCACAUCUGUGACCACUUUUAAUAAUAAUAAAGUUUGCAUAAUCAUGGAACAGGAGCAAAAAAAAAUAAAAUACUGUAGUAUUACAACAGCAGGAAUCUUAAAAUACCAUCUGGUGCUGAAUCUAUGAUGUACUGAAAUACUGGAAUUAUGGCUUUUUAACAUGCAGUUUUUACUGUAAUCUUAAUAGUCUCUUGAUUUUAUUUAACAAAGUAGAUACAUAUUGAACAUAAUGAAUAGACAGCAAAACACUGAAUUUGUUUGGAUAUUCUAAAACAUGGUGCUAUCUAUGAGAAUGGUGUCUUUAUUUUAACAGUUGAACAGUUAAUGCCUUUAUAAUAGUUAAAAUGUCAAUGGUGUACUGAAAUGUUCUUCAACAAUAGGGUGGACCUUUUCAUUCAUGUACGUAUCAGAUUUACCUGUUGUUAAAACAAGCUUACUUUUUAACAUACGGGAAUUGUAAAGACCUCUGGAUUUUGCUCAUCCAGUCAAGUCCUUGGUAAAGGACAAUAAAGUAUAAAGAGAUAUUUUUUUUUAACUAGUGUUUCAAAAGCACUUUGUCUACCUAAGCUUGGCAACUUGAACAAUGCUAAGGUACUGAGACAUUAAAAAAAAGAGUUUACUUUGAUUUUAAAAUGCAAAGAGAUUUUUAAAAAAGAAAAUAAAGCUUUUAAAUACUUUUGGUUUCAGCCAUACAUCUGCUGGUGAGCUACAUAUCCAUUUUUAAUACAGUCAGUUACAGUAGAAAUGGGGCUUACUGGCGACAAGGGAAUAAUUUAGUACACAAAACACGUUUUUCUGGUGCUCAUCUCACACAGCUAUACUGUAAACUGUUUUCUACAAUUAUUAUGACAAGUUCAUUGCUCAAAUGUGUACAGUUUUAAGACGAGAAUUUUAUAUUAACCACAGGUAAUAAUUAGCAGCAUGUGACAGAAUCUACAACUAGUUAGCUUAGGCUUCUGCUGUUUUUAAAGAUCUGUAUGUUCUUCAAAUAUUGAAUGGCAGAUUGCUUUUGUAUUGGUAAUUAUGUACAUUGUGGCGUAUGUCAUUUCUCGGUGUAAGUGUCCUCUUUUCCAGGAAGACUGAGCAGGCUGAUGCCUACGCAGAUGAAUGAAACAGGGUUAGUUCUGUGUGAUUCCGUUGAUUAAAUAGAAAAACAAUAGGCAGCUGGCUUGCUGUGGUGGUUUUAAAUGAUUAAUUUGUAUAAGAAAAAGUAAAAAUUGUAUAGUAAAUUAAAUUGUAAACAAAACUUUUUUAAUGCAAUGCUUUAGUAUUUUAGUACUGUAAAAAUAUUAAAUAUAUAUAUAUAUAUAUAUAUAUAUAUAUAUAUAUAUAUAUAUAUAUAAAAACAUAUAUAUAUUUGGGUUUGGAGCUGAAUUCACAUCAUGGUGCUACUCAGCCUGCUACAAAUAUAUCAUAAUGUGAGCUAAAAAUACAUUAAAAAGUUUGAGUGAUGUUCCUACUUGUCAUAUACCUCAACACUAGUUUGGCAAUAGGAUAUUGAACUGAGAGUGAAAGUUUAUAAUAUUGUAUACCAUCUUUUUUCCCCCCAAUAGCCUUUGAAAAAAAAAACUUUUUUUCUCAGUACUUGAUAUUUUAGCAAGUAUAACUUGAACUUCAACUUUUUUUUGUUCUAAAAAUUCAGGGAUAUUUCAGCUCAUGUUCUCCUUAUGCCAACAUGUCACCUGUGUGUAUGUAAAGCUGUUGUAGGUUAAUAAAUAUAUUAUUCUUGGGGUUUUUAUGUUUUUUCAGGGAUUUAACUCUUCUCUUAUGAAUCCCUCCUCUAAUUUUACUUGUAUAUGUAUUGGUGUAACUAAAACUAAUUUUGUAAAUUUGUUAGCUCUUUUUAUUGUAAUGAAAGUGUUUAAAAGUUUUAGAAUGUUUUGCCUGUUUCAAACAAACAAAAAAAAGAAAGUAGAAUGCACUGAGCUGAAAGGGAAAAUUGUAAGGCAGGGGUUUGGCAAGUGACCAUUUGCUAGAGUUUCUCAAGUCACUCUCUAAACAAGGCUUCUCAGAUUAUGUAAUUAAUAAAAUGAAAAAGGUACAGUCUGUAUGAGGGCUUCCCUAAACAUGUAAACCUCCAUCACUUAGACAUAUGUUGUGCAAUAUACUGUAAGACAUUAAGUUUGAGCUAAAGAAAUUUUGUUUAGCAGAAUUAAAACAUAAUUCUAUUAAAUCAAAGGAGGCCUUUUGGUUUUAUUGGUUAAAUAUUUAUUAUGGCAAUUUCAGAAAUUCUUAGUCUGUGACUUUACCCACUGUAAAGACAAACAUUCUUUAAAAAAAUGUUUAUAGUUACCUUAUAUAUUAGGUUAAUUAAAUAAUUUUAAAAUGUAAUCCUCUAAUUUUUUGAGUCAUACAUGCAUCAUGCCAUCCAUAGUAGAUGUUUGGUUAAUAUACCAUACACUGUCAUUUGCCAAACUGCUGGCAAACAAUAGCAGGAAGAUAAGUUGGCAAUUCAGUUAUGUAUUGUAAAUAUCUGAACUGUAAUUUUGGUGUACAGACCCUGCCUCAGUUUGAGUGAAUGAAAAAAGCAGACCUAAAAUUGCUUGUAUAGGAUUAUCAGGUUGACUAUAGCCAUACUUGAAGAUGCUUCUGAGUGGUGUCAACUUUACUUGAAUGAAUUUUUCAUCUUGAUUGACGCACAGUGGUGUAAAGUUCACUUCUAAAGCUAGUGGUUAACUUGUGUAGGAAACUUUAGCAGUUUGACACUAAGGUAAUGAACUUCUGUGUGCAUUUUCUAUGCUUAUGUUCUACCUUUUUUUUUUUACUUUAGUUUCAUUCAUUUUCAUGAAAUGUUUGGUAUGUCUAUAAAAUCUGAGGAUGGUUAUAAAUACUGUAAGUAUUGUAAUGUAAUGCAGGUUAUUUGAAAGCUGUUUAUUAUUAUAUCAUUCCUGAUAAUGCUGAGAUGUGGGUGUUUUUAAUAAAAUUUAUAUUUAUUUAAUGCA